AGGCUCAACUCUUUGGGCCGACCAGGCACAAGUGUGCAAUCUUCGCCCGAGCCGGUCGUGCCCGACCGGCGGGGAGCGGCCGAGCUAGCCAUGCGACCACACCGCGGCCCGCGCGGGGCACUGGCAGCCCCCCCCCCUGGCUUGGAGAUGACCGAGCGGGUCCCGAUGACGAUUCCCUUGAGGGUGAGCGCCGCGGGCGCGUUCGACGUCGGGUCCCCCUCGCCGCACGAGAUGCCGUGCGCAGCAGCGCCCCCCGCCGAGGCCCUUGCCCGCCUGGCGGCCCUGGUGUGCGCGGACGCGCGCGCCCCCCCGGGCGCGCUGCCCGCGUGCCUGCCGGAGGAGCGCGUCAGCUCUGACCUGUGGGUCAACGCCGUGGUCGCGACGGCGCCAGGCCUGAACGCGGAGGGCCUGCGAGAGGCGAUGCUGCUCUUCGACCGUGCCGUCGAGAACAUCAAGCAGGCAGAGGCGCUGGACAGGACUGGGAUGAUAGCCAGCACCUGCGCCGCGGGCGGCGUGUUCAUGCAGAUGCCGCACCUGGCCACCGCCAGGACUGGGCCCAGAUAGCACAGCAGCAGCAGAUCCUCCUGGGCCAGCUGCGGCACCUGGCCGUGACCCACCCCGCGGGCUCCGGGCCUCCCGGCAGCCCGGACAGGGCCCCCCCCAAAAAGGGGACGUGUUUGAGUGCGCGUGUCCUCAGCACUGCGUCCAGAAUGCC